AUGGUCGAGAAGAAGAAGGAUGAGGGGUACGAAUGGGUCUUCCCAACCAGCUUCGAGUACCUCCUCCGAGGACAAACGGAUGAUGGUGGCUGGGAUCCCCUCGAAGGUGUUACCAGAAGACACAGUGAAUACCCCGAGAAUAUCUGGAUCCAAGAUUGUGUCGUCCAUUCGUUGGCUGCCCUACUCGCAUUAUGUAGACGCGUCCGGCGUUCCUCAUCUCAUAUUAAAGAACCGCUACCCAAUGAUAUCCUGUUCAGACUGUUCCGCGCAAAGUCGUUUCUCGAUGCCAAAUUGCAGAAAUGGCAACCAAACGAAGCCAUCCAUUUCACGGUUGAACUGAUAGUUCCGGUUCUACUGCACCUUCUGAGUGAAGAGGGUGUGGAUUUUGAAUUUCCUGCAAAGGAGGACUUGCUGAGCAAGUAUGCUGCAGCCACUAGCAUUGACAUUGACUGGCUAUAUCAGGGACCUUGUAGUAUCCCAUUGUUUUCGCUGGAAGGGUUCGCGAGGCAGCUUGAUUGGAGCAAGCUGGGAUGUCUCGUUACUUCUGCAUGUAUUACCGCCUCCCCGGCUUCUGCCGCUGCGUAUUUGAUAUUUUCUCCUACGUGGAGUGAUGAAUGUGAGGCGUAUCUUCGUCACAUUGUGUCGCACGGCCAAGGGAAGGGAAAUGGUGGGGUUGGGGGAGUAUAUCCUUUAGAACUCUUUGAACCUUGCUGGUCGACAAUCUCACAAAAUGUGCAAACUCUGCUCGAAUCGAUCAGUAAGUCUGUACAGAAUGGUGUCACUGGUGUUAAUCACGCGUUUCUGCCUGACGCAGACGAUACCUCACGAGCUUUGUUGGUUCUCAAUAUUAAUGGCUAUGAAGUUAGUUUCACAAGUCUCAUUGAGCACUUUGAGUGUGAUGAUUGCUUCCUGACUUUCGAUGACCGAAUGCCCCAACGGGUGGUCAGCGUGAGUGUCAACGGAAAUGUCCUAAACUGCCUGCUGUCUUCGUCCGAUCCCAGAUCUUCCACAUCACAGAUAGAGAAAAUUGCCAAGUUUAUGUGCACAAAAUGGAGUAAGGAGAGGAUGCUCAAUGAUCACUGGGGAAGUCUGCCUGGUCUCGCAGAAGAUAUCAUCCAAGACCAGAUCCCUCAAUGUCUGCAAGAGAUAUUGGACCGUGUGAUAUGCGGACAGAACGACGAUGGCUCCUGGGGCAACAUGCACGGGGCCGAGCAGACAGCUUACGCAAUCAUUGCACUUGCCCAACUAGCGUCGCAUGCUGCCAUUGUCAGUGACUAUAGCAAAGCCGACCUAGCUAUUGCUAGGGGAAAGCAAUUUCUGUUAGAGACCUGGACCAUGGGCCAGAAGCCGGACAGGAUCUGGACGGGGAAGGCCAUGCAUGGCAUAUCGUAUGUGCAUGAUGCGCAUGUGCUUGCUGCUUUGAGAAUUAAUCGGGCAAAUUUGGCUGGAAAGCGAGGUUUCUUCUGA